AAAAUUGUUUAUUUUAUUUCUUUAUUAUUAUGAUUGAUAAUUAUCAAUUAUAAUUGUAUUGAACGAAUAAUAAUUUUUAUAAUUUGUUUAAAGAGUGUUUAGUAUAUAAAUUAUGAGAAACUAUUGAAUAAUGAUACAUUUUUGUAACGUUUGGAUUAACUCCAUGAUUAACUCAUAACUUGGAACAUAACCUACAAAGAAAACCGCCCCCGCAUUUAUGACCUUCACAUUUUUUUCUCAUUCAAAUAGAGGUCAAAUUUGAAAUAAACAAUUGUUUAUAAAGUAUCAUUAGAGUAUUUCUAUCAUUAUCGUAUGUCACAUAUAUUAGUAGAUUUAUUCUCUAUUUCAUGAACAAACACGACUUUACAUAACGUACAAGACUACAAAUAAGAAAACAACGACAAUGGAAGGAUCGUCUAACGACUGUCGAAAUGUUGAGCAAAUAAGAGUGUUAAGUUUAAAUAAAGGAGAACAUCAAGAUGGAACUUUGUACAGACUCAAGAAAGAAUGGCAAGUUCAAUUCAGAUUAGGACCAUCGCUUCUGGGGAAGAAAAUUGAUAUUUUCGUGAAUCAUCCAUUGAUGAAGGAGCAAAAAUACGAGAGACAUGUUUAUCGACAACUAAAAUGGAACAACGAAACAGCAAAUUUAAAUUUAACUUCAGCUGGAUCGUUCCAUUACUAUGCAACGGAUAGAAAAAUGGAAAAUGGUGCAAAGGCCAUUGCAUCAGGAUAUCUUUUAGUUGAUCCAGAAUUAAGAGUUGGUAAAAAUGAAGAACUGCCUAUCGAUUGUAUUCAGUGUCACACAGUUUUGGCAAAAUGUCUUGGACCAUUUUCCACCUGGGAAAAUAAACUUUUGGUCUCAAAGAACUCUGGUUAUAAUAUGAUUCAUUUCACUCCGAUUCAGGAAUUGGGAGCCUCGAGGUCUUCGUAUAGUUUGAGCGAUCAACUGAAACUGAAUUCCACAUUCAGUAGCGGUGGUAAGGAAACAACAUUCGACGAUGUCGAGGCUUUGACGAAAAAAAUGCGCAGUGAAUGGAACGUACUCAGCAUUUGUGAUAUUGUCCUGAAUCACACGGCGAAUGAGAGUUCUUUUCUCCUAACGAAUCCGGAAUGCACUUACAAUUGUUCAAAUUGUCCAUAUUUACGUGCAUCUUAUCUUUUGGAUGCAACACUCUUUGAAUUGACCAUUCAAGUUUCAGCUGGCGAAUGGGAAAUGAAAGGUAUUCCCGCCAUAGUCGAAACCGAGGAACAUCUCAAUAGUAUUCGUUACGCACUUCACUCACAUUUCCUGCCAUUAAUUAAAAUUAACGAACUGUAUAUUUUGGAUAUUAAUGAAACUGUCGCUGAAUUUCUCAGCCUUGCCAGAAAUCAAAUGCCACACGAGGAAUCGGACAUGGAAAAGGAGACUAUCAAAAUUAUUCAAGAUCCGGAAUUUCGUAGAUUGAAGUCAACCAUCGACAAGACACUCGCUUUACGAUUAUACAACACUUAUAGAGCCGAUUGUUUCGACGAAGACACUCGUUUGAAACGUUGCGCGGAGGAUCUCAGGAAAAAAUUACAGGAAUUAAAUGACGCAAUUAUAAACGAAGUGCAAAAUAAUUUGAACGCUGCGGUUGAAAAUACUAUCGCUGGCAUUCGCUAUUUUCGAGUGCAAUCCGAUGGACCAAGAGUUCGAGAGAUUAGCGAAAGAAAACCUCUCGUUCCAAGAUAUUUCACUGAUUUUGGAGCACCGAGGAAUUUAGCCGAAAGAGAGGCAACAAUGUACUCUGACGCUGGUCGUUACUUAAUGGCACACAACGGUUGGGUGAUGAAUAGUGAUCCUUUGAAGAAUUUCGCCGACUCUGAUUCCAAUGUUUAUAUACGCAGGGAAUUAAUAGCCUGGGGUGAUAGUGUUAAACUCAGAUAUGGCGAAAAACCAGAGGAUUCUCCAUUCUUAUGGAAACGAAUGUCGAAUUAUGUUCAACAAAUGGCGAAAAUUUUUGAUGGUGUGAGAUUGGAUAAUUGUCACUCGACUCCUAUUCCAAUUGCGGAGUACCUUUUGGACGAAGCGAGAAAAGUGAAACCCGAUUUGUACGUUGUGGCUGAAUUAUUUACCAAUUCCGAUCAUAAGGACAAUAUUUUUGUGAAUCGUCUUGGAAUCACUUCACUUAUCAGAGAAGCGAUGUCUGCUUGGGACAGUCAUGAAGAAGGUCGAUUAGUUUAUCGUUAUGGAGGUGAACCCGUUGGGGCAUUUUUGCAAUCUCGUGUUCGUCCCUUAGUUCCAAGCAUUGCUCAUGCACUUUUCCUGGAUUUAACACACGAUAAUCCGAGUCCUGUCGAAAAACGUAGUGUUUUCGAUUUAAUGCCAAGCGCUGCCCUUGUCUCGAUGGCGUGCUGUGGCAGUGGAAGCAAUCGAGGAUAUGACGAACUUGUCCCUCACCAUAUACAUGUGGUGGAUGAAGAAAGACAGUACGCGUCCUGGACUGACGAUCAUGAAAUAGAAGAAAAGGAUGAAUCUUCCGUAGGAUUAAAAUCUGGAAUAAUUGCUGCCAAACGAGCCCUCAAUAAUCUUCACAAUAAUUUAGGACGAGAAAAAUUCUCUCAAGUUUUUGUGGAUCAAAUGGAUCCGGAUGUGGUUGCAGUGACAAGACACUCUCCGCAUACACACGAAAGUGUCGUCUUAGUUGCAUUCACUGCAUUCAAGCAUCCUGAUCCAAAUGCAAAUGACCUUCGUCGUCACGUAAGGCCUCUGCGAGUUGAAGGAGUUGUCGAAGAAAUUAUUCUCGAGGCAUCUCUGGCUCAUAAAGACGUCAAAAACGGAGUCUCGCCUUUUCGCUAUCCGGAAAAAUACGUUCAGGAUGAAAAGACAAUCAAUGGAAUUAAUGAGUACUCAGUGAAAAUAAAGGAACAUAUUCAAAUGUGUGAUUCUUCAAUAUUGGAAAAAGUUGAUUCAGGUGAUCCGAAAAUUACUCAGUUGAAUUUUAUUAACUUCCAACCAGGAUCAGUUGUGGCGAUUCGAGUUUCGCUUCAUGUGAAUAUAAAACCAUCUCUUUCAAAAUUACAAAAUACUAUUGCCACAUUGACAUCUUCAAAAAAUUCUGAAUUAGAAGUUAUCGUUUCGCGAAUAAAUCUUGCUGGCUUGAAUAAAGCUCUGUACCAUUGUGAUCAAGAGGAACGAGACGAGACAAAUAAUCAAUUUGGAGUUUAUGAUAUCCCUCGUUAUGGACCUCUUGUCUACGCAGGUCUUCAAGGUAUUCUUUUUCAACAGAUUUGUAAUUUUAAAAUUUGCGACUAUUCACCUUUUUUUUACUUACAUUCAUUUUUGUCAAUUUUAGGUAUAAUUUCCCUUCUGGCUGAUAUUCGACCAAAUAACGAUCUUGGACAUCCGUUGUGUGCAAAUCUGAGGGACGGAAAUUGGCUAAUUGAUUACUUGUCGACUCGUCUGAAAAAUGAUGAAAUGACAUCAUCUCUUGGCAAAUGGUUAGAAACAACUUUUGAACCUCUAAAAUCAAUUCCCCGCUACUUGGUACCCAGUUAUUUUGACGUGAUUCUCGUUAAUGUUUACACUGCAUUACUCGACCAAUGUUAUGCUUCAUUAUCAAGCUUCGUGAAGGAUGGAUCGACAUUUAUAAAAUUAUUAUCACUUGUCUCUGUACAAGUUGGCGGUAUUGUGAAAUCAGCGCAACUUCCGGAUUUAUCACCAAAUUUGGAUCCACCGAAACCAAUUGUCAAACAAACAAAUGACACGAAGGAACAAAUUUGUUUGACAUUGUCUGCUGGUUUGCCUCAUUUCGCCACUGGUUAUAUGCGUAAUUGGGGAAGAGAUACAUUUAUUGCUCUCCGAGGACUUUUCUUAUUAACUGGAAGAUUUGAUGAAGCGAGAUUCAUUAUUCUUGGCUACGCCGGAACACUUAGACACGGUUUAAUUCCAAAUUUACUUGACAAAGGAAAAUGUGCGAGAUACAACUGCCGUGAUGCAAUUUGGUGGUGGCUCUACACUAUUCAAUGUUACGUUCAAGACGUGCCCAAUGGUCUCAAAAUUCUCUCUGACAAAAUUUCAAGACUUUAUCCCACUGACGAUUCAGCUCCAUUGCCUGCUGGCGAAGUUGAUCAACCUUUGUAUGACGUGAUUCAAGAAGCGUUGACAAUUCACUUUCAAGGUUUGUGCUUUAGAGAGAGAAAUGCAGGAAAACAAAUUGACGAGCACAUGUCAGAUCGAGGAUUUAAUAACCAAAUUGGUGUUCAUCCUGACACUGGAUUCAUUUUCGGUGGCAAUGACGCGAAUUGUGGCACGUGGAUGGAUAAAAUGGGUUCUUCCGAGAAAUCCGGAAAUAAAGGGAAACCCGCGACACCCAGAGAUGGAUCGGCAGUGGAAAUUGUUGGACUUAGUAAAAGCACUUUGAGCUUUUUAGCUGAAUUAUAUAAGCAAAAUCUCUUCCCUUACGGUAGCGUGCAAAGGAAAAAUCGCGAUGGUUCUGUAAUUACCUGGAGCUACAAACAAUGGGCUGAUAAAAUUGCUACCAAUUUUGAAAUGUACUUUUACGUUCACGAAGAAGCAAAGGAUGGUGAAUUACGUCCGGAUUUGAUACACAGACGAGGAAUAUUUAAAGAUAGUCACGGAGCCACUCAACCGUGGGCUGAUUAUCAAUUGAGACCGAAUUUCGCCAUCGCUAUGGUUGCUGCUCCGGAUAUGUUUAAUCCAAAACAUGCUUGGAUUGCACUGAAGAAAACUGAAGAAAUUCUUCUGGGACCACUAGGAAUGAAGACACUAGACCCAGCCGAUUGGGGUUACAAUGGUUAUUACGAUAAUGCGAAUGAUUCGAAUGAUCCUAAAGUGUCACAUGGUUGGAACUAUCACCAGGGUCCGGAAUGGGUUUGGCCAAUUGGUUUCUUCCUUCGAGCUCGAUUACAUUUUGCUCCAUUAGUUGGUGGUAAAGAGGAAUUAAAAAGAACUAUCGAAUCAACGGAAGCGAUAAUUUCCCGACAUCUCAUUGAAGCUUCCACUAAUCAUUGGCGAGGACUUCCCGAACUUACAAAUAAGGAUGGUGAUUAUUGCCGUGACAGUUGUCGUACACAAGCUUGGAGCGCUUCUACAAUUUUAGAGGUUUUACACGAUUUGCAGAAGUUAAAAAAAGAGUUUAAAAUUGACGACGAAAUUGAGAAUUGAUACAAUUUUGCGUGUGUUCACCACCGCUAUUUACACUUAGAAUAUGAAAAAUUAGAGAAUGAGCAAAAUGUAGACA